UGUUCUGUAUGAUGCUGUUGGCCUGUUUGUCAGUAAACAUGAAUGUGGGGCGUUGUGCUCCUUUGUGCUGACUGUGUGUCCUUUGUGGGUUUUGUGCAGUUUGCAGUCACUGUGUGGCCUCUGUGUGUUGUGGGUCAGCCUCACUGUCCUCAUCCUGAGUCUGAGCUCUGGUUAAACUCAGCUCCUCAUUUAUUUGACGAGGCUGCUAAGUUUUGCUCCGUACCGCUUCUCUUCUGUCCUCCAGCUUCACUUCGUCUCCUUAGUUUCCAAACCAGAGCAGCCAAAGUGGGGCAGCAGCUGAAGCGGUCCUCCUCCGGGCUCCUGGAGACGCGGCGGAGUGGUCGCUCUGCCGCUGGCUCCUCUCUGACGGCAGCUUCAGCUCAGUUAGCACGGCGAGCUAAUCCUGCUAACGGCUAGCAGCUAGCGGCUAGUGGCGCUAUGAUGGCGGAGCUGGUGCAGGGACAGGCCUCGAUGAACCAGCCGGGGCUGAAGUCUGACGGCCUGGCCGAUGUCUUACAGAGGGCCCGGCAGAUGGUGGGGAAGAUGGGCGGAGAAGCCAUGUCCCACCUCAACAGCUCCUCAGGAAGCGUUGAGCCUUCGCUGUACUACCCCGGCCAGAAGAGACCCGGAGAGGACGGAGUAGGGAACCAGCUGGCAGCCAUGGGCCAUCAAAGCAGGGUAAUCACGGAGGAUUACAAGGUUCCCGACAGAAUGGUGGGCUUCAUUAUCGGCAGAGGAGGAGAACAGAUCACCAGGAUCCAGCUGGAGUCGGGUUGUAAGAUCCAGAUCGCUGCUGACAGCGGAGGUCUGAUGGAGCGGCCAUGUUCCCUGACCGGAACUCCAGAGAGCAUCGAGCAGGCAAAGCGACUGCUGGUCCAGAUUGUGGAUCGCUGUAGAAACGGUCCUGGUUUCCACGGCGACGGGGAGGGUGGCGCCUCUGUGCAGGAGAUGCUGAUCCCAGCCAGCAAGGUGGGGCUGGUGAUUGGCCGAGGAGGAGACACCAUCAAACAGCUGCAGGAGCGAGCCGGUGUGAAGAUGAUGAUGAUCCAGGAUGGUCCGAUGCCGACGGGAGCCGAUAAACCUCUUCGCAUCUCCGGAGACCCGUACAAAGUGCAGGCAGCCCGGGAGCUGGUGUUGGAGGUGAUCCGGGAGAAAGACGGAGAUUUCAGGUCGGGACGCAACGACUUCAGCGCCCGACUGGGAGGAACCAGCCUGGAUGUUCCGGUUCCACGGUUCGCUGUCGGCAUCGUGAUCGGCAGAAAUGGAGAAAUGAUCAAGAAGAUCCAGAACGAUGCAGGAGUCCGAAUCCAGUUUAAAGCAGACGACGGCAUCAGUCCGGAGCGUGUUGCCAUGGUGAUGGGUCAGCCGGACCGCUGUCAGCACGCUGUCCACCUCAUCAACGAGCUCAUCCAGACCGCGCAGGAGCGUGAUGGUUUUGGUUCUGCCCUGCGAGGUGGGCGGGUCAGAGGGCGCGGCGAUUGGACGAUGGGCUCACCUGGUCCUCUUCAGGAAGUAACCUACACCAUCCCUGCUGACAAGUGUGGCCUGGUCAUCGGCAAAGGUGGAGAAACCAUAAAGAGUAUUAACCAGCAGUCUGGAGCUCAUGUGGAGCUGCAGAGGAACCCUCCGCCCUCUACCGACCCCAACACCCGAGUCUUCACCAUCAGAGGCACCGCCCAGCAGAUGGACCUCGCCCGCCAGCUCAUAGACGACAAGAUCGGGGGUUCAGGCAUCAUGAGUAACGGAGGCUUUGGCUUCAGUCCCUUCACCCAGGGCCCGGCUGCACACCAGAACUGUGGCAGCGGUCAGACUUUCCUGACCGGCGUUUGGGGAAACACCUACCAGACCAGCUGGCAGAACCCUGGACAACAAGACCCUGGCCAGCAGAACCAGCCUCAGAGCCUGAUGACAGACUACAGUAAGGCCUGGGAGGACUACUACAAGAAACAGAGUCAGUCGUCCCAGCAGAGUUCGGUGCCAGACUACACUGCAGCGUUAGCAGAAUACUACAGACAGCAGCCCUACCUGUGGAACCCCGCCCAGAUACAGGAUCACUAGAGGCUCCUCCCUCGCCGGCGAAGGCCUCGGAUGGUCGUCAAUGGCAACCGAAUCGGGGUUUCCUAGCAACGCUCUGCCGCUUCCUCCUUCCUUUUUGUAGAGAAAAACUAAGGAUUAACUGAAAAAUCACGAACUCUUUUCUUUCUGUUUUUUAACCUUACAAAGUCGAUAUUUUGUCGGGCAGAUUUUUUUGGACUAGCCUCUGGUCUCUCCACAUGUAGACCUGGUUUUUCUUUUUGUUUUGUUUUUUAUCAAACUUGAACUUAAAGAUGUAUCAGUGUGGCUUUGAACAAAACAAAUCCAGUAUAAUCUAUAUUUUGUCUAGUUUUAUUUUCCGAUAAGAAAACGGUAUAAGGCUUAGCAGUCUUGAGUAAGAAAAUCAGAUAUUAUUAUUAUUAUUUUGUUUAUGAUAAUGUUUUAAAGCAUGCGUCAGAUUGUGUGUGUUGACUCUCAGUUAUUUUUUUUUUUUUAUUUUGGCAUAGAAAUAUUUUAAUAGCAUCGGAUGGAAAUGUAAUGUUUUACCGUCAGAGACUGUUUUUUGUACUAAAUCUGUGCUCGCUGGGUCUGUUUGUUCUAAUUUUACCUGUUUAGUCGCCAUCUUGGAGGUGCAAUGACGCGUUAAUUUUUUUCUUUUGGUUUGAUGAUAGUUCUUAUUCCUGUAUCUCUAUAGUGAUUUCUUUAGGUUUUAUGAUGUAUUGAUGAAUAAAUGACGAUUUAUAUUGCGUUGUCUAAAGCCAGAUCUCUCUGUGGUCAAACACUUUGUGUCCUCACAGGAUUUAACCUCCAGCCGACACCACGUUUUCCUGCCUCAACUUUCAUUAUGAAAAGGCGGGAAAUUGCUAUUUUCUUCCAGAGAAACUUUAUUAUUGUUGUCGUAACUUAGUUCUGCGUUUCUACUUUGCCGAUUUUUUUUUCAUUUUUUUUUUUUGUGGGAGAAAUUUUCGGAGCUGAACAAUGAAGUUUAAGAUUCUGUUAGCAAUGUGUUAGCUUAACUAGCGUGUUAGCUAAAUGCGCAAGUUAGCUGAGUGGUGUUUGUUAGCAAAAAGGUGUGCGUUACCUCAGCUGUGUGUUAGCUGAAUGAAUGUUUCUGUUAGCUACAAGCUGUGCUUUAUUAGCUGAGUGGUGCCUGAAAGCUGAAUGCUAAUGGAAAAGAUGUGCUGUCUGAAACUUAUGCUAGGUGUUGUAUGUUGGUUUAGCAGUGGGUAUUUUUUUUACUGAAUAUACAUGUUACAAAUGUUAAGCUAAAUGAACAUGGUAGCUCAACAGUUUGUCUGGUGUGUAGCUGUUUGCUAAACGUGAGCUAACUUAACUUUGCAAUCUGCUGCACUCACAACGAAAUUACACAGACAGUAAAUCGUGAAAAAAAAUCUUUUAUUUCCCCCUUACACUUUAGUAAACUAGAGACAAAAUUGCUGCAAAGAACCUUUGCUGGUGUUAGCGGCUAAACAUUAGCAUUAAUACAAUCAAUUCUACUAGUUAAUCUAAAUAUGACUUCCUAACAAAUUGCCAAAAACAACCUGAAGCAACUUUUUUGACUAAAAAUCCAUCUUUCUACUUUAACUAGCAUCAAAUAACAAGUAAUCAUUAGAAAAUUUAGCAUUAGCUAAAUGUGAGCAAAACCAUAGCUAAACAGUGUAUUGUAGCUAAAUAUGGCUAAAUUAUUAUUUGAAAAAAAAAAAAACUGGCUUGUGUGUUACAAAUGUUAGCUGAAUGAAUGUUCUCACUGAAGUUUUUCUGUUUCAUAGCAGUUAGCUAAUGGUGUAUGCUAACUUAACUUUACCAUUUGUCGGGCACAUAUUGCACAAACAGUAAAUAGCAAUAAAAAAAAAUGUACAUUAUGCUGAUAGUUUGUGAAUUUCGUAAUGCUAGACAAACUAGCCAAAAUGGCUGCAAAAAGUUGCUUGUGUUAGCAGCUAAAUAUCAGCACUGAUACAAUCAGUUCUACAAAAUAAUCUAAUUUGACUUGCUAACAAACUGCCAAAAAACGCUUCUGAGCUUACUAUCCAUCCAUGUAGUUUAACUAGUAUGAAAUAAUGAGUUAACUGAAUGUUCAUUAGCUAUCAGAUACCAUAGCAAACCAGUUUGUUGUAGCUUUAUGGUGCUGAACGUGCGUUAGCGGUGUGAUGUGUGUAUAUUAGGGCUGGAUUACGCUUCUCGAAUGUGCACAGUUAUUAUUGUGUUGCUAUUUUAUACUUGCACAAAUGUAAAUGUAUUUUCUCCUCAUCAAACCCAGCAGGUUUUUGGAUCUACUGAUUAGUUUGCAUAGCGUUAGCACGUUUGUUAGAGUUGGAGCAAGUUCACCUGCGGUUAACAGUAAUAUCCUUUGAAAUUCACAGACAUGUUUCUUUGUGAAAGUGUAAUUCCAGCUUUAGCUGUUUGUUAGGGUCGUGUGCGUCAGCCGAACAUUGCGUGUGUUAGUUGUAUGUUGUGUAUGUGCUAAGGCUGGAUUACGCUAGCUUGUUUAGAUUUACUUCACUGUGUGAUUUCACAGACGUACAGAGGUAUUUGUGUGUCUUUUUUGGAGUGUAAUUCCAGCCGGUGCAGUGUUUGUAAGCUGUGUGUUGCUUUUGUUAGCUGAAUAGUGUGUUUGCUAGCUGUGUGUUGUGUUUAGCUGGGCGUCUGUUAGCCGAGCGUUGUUUGCUAGCGUUGUGCGUGUCAGACCACAGAGAGGUUUGUCUUGCUGAGGGACAUCUGGCUGUUGUUGAGUUGAAUUCUGAAUCAGUGGUUCUGCUUCUUGUAUGUGUGAUGAUGACGAUGAUGAUGAUGAUAAUUAUGAUGAUAAUAAUGCGUUCUCCUGUUCGGUGGUCUAUUUAAAUCUGUUUAUCCAGUUCUGAAUAUUCAGUUUGUCAGUGAGAUGAUGGUUUGUGUAAAUUUCCACUCUCUGGCGGGUGCUCUCCAGUUCAAAAUGUACUUUGUUAUCCUGUUCAAAUGAUAUUGUUUAAUUCACAUGUUGUGUCUAACCGAUUUGCAAAGAGAAGCUGAGUAUGUGUUAUAUUCUCAAGACUGCUAGGCUAACUGUCUCUAUCUCUUCUCCGUGUCCGUCUGUCUGUUUGGACGCCGCCAUGCUAAAAAGCUGCCCUUCAACACGUCUGUAAUCGGACCAUGUGAUUCCAGAACCGCUGAGCGUCGUCGUCGCAGGCGCGUCGAAGGUCUGCAGCUUGUUAGCGUGGCGGCUCCGCGACGAGAAGAGCUGUAGGGAAGGGGUUAAAACACCCCAGACUUAUUAAAACCGCCGGGGUGGAUGCUGGCCGGGUGUCCGGGGCCGGUUCCAGGCUCAGUGUUCGGGCCACACCGAGCCUCCCGACGACCCAGAACCAGGACCGGGCCACGGCCCUCCACUCCGGCUUAGAUCUUCCUAGUCCCGAGCCCCGGUCCUUCAGGGGGGCGGGGAGCUUUUGGUUUCAUGGUUUCUGUUGUUUUUCUAAUGGACUCACGUCCGAACUGUAACCUGCAGAUUUUUCUAUUAGAUUCUAUUGACAGAUAGAGUUGUGUAUGAACCCGAGCCACGAGACUGUCGGUGGCCGAGGAGAAGGGGGGUGAUUAACAUGAGGGCUAAUAAACAGGCUCAUUCUUUCUGA